AUGGCGAUUUCAGAUAAAGUAACAGCGAAUUUAACAACUUUGUACCUAGCAAUUAUAGGUGCAAUGAAAGCUUACGGCUUAAUUACCGGUCGAAAUUUUACCGGUUGUUUCGUUCUCAUUCUGUCGACGGCUGCCGUCGCUCUAGUGUUGAUUUUGACUCUAACCUGGGAUAUUUACAUUAAGGCGAGAAAUGUUAGGGUUCGUCAUAAUCGGAUUAAUUAUCAAAAUCAGCAGCAGCAGCAUACUAGUCAUGAAUUUUGUCGAGGUGGCAUAUGCUGGCACGGCGUCGCUGUUAGUUCUCCGGCGUCUCAUUUCCGGUUCCGGCUUCCUCAAAAUCGAACAGGAUCAAAAUAUAGCAGUGAAGGAGAAUCUUCAACAAGUGAAGAUCUUAAAGCUCUUCAACAAGAAGAGUAUUUAACUUCUGAAGAUGAAUGCUCACCUUGCCAGCAAUGA